AUGAGGAGCGGCCCGUUAUUGGGUAGCGUCGCUCUCCUGUUGCUGCGGGCGAACACCGUGCAGGCCCUGUCUCCUGAUGGCGCGGUUAUUUGUGACAAGGACAGACUUGGUGAAUUUACCGACUCUCUGAUGUAUUAUCCAAAUGGGUGGAACGACAAAAGCCCAGAUGAUGGUUUCGUCUGCAUGACUGUCUACAACAGCACCCCAGCCUACGACGCAACCUGGAACUGGGGCGAGGAUAUCCAGGACGUGCACUCAUUCCCGUACGUGCGAUUUGGUCAUGAGGAACUCCCCAUCCGCCUCAGUAGUAUCCGCUCAAUCCGCCUAUCGACUGAGUGGAUCAUGACGGCUGGCGCGCUGAGCGAACUGCCACGUACCUUUAGCAACUCUGCUUGGGACAAGAAGAAGGACACGCUGCAAAGCAACAGGGUUCAGGCCAACGCGGCGUGGGAUUUCUUCCUUGAUAAUGACCGCAAUACCACCCUAUACCCUCAAUACGCUGCAAUCGAGUUUAUGGUUUGGCUGGGGAGCGUAGGUGACCCAUGGUGGCUUGGGAGGCUGGAAGGCACAAUCCUGUCUAAUGUGACCCUUGGAGACACUGAAUUUUCACUGUACUACGGGCGCAACUCCGGUGGCACCCAUGUCUUCACUGCUGUGCCCUCCACUGGCGAGGAUAUUCUAUCGAUUGAUGAGGACUUCUAUCCUCUCUUCGAGUUCAUUCUCAAAAAGGCUCAUAGCCAUCUUGAUACUCCAGAUGAUCUACCAACGGACCCGUGGCUGGGUAUUGUGGAGUUUGGCUCUGAAACCUGGUUCUCCGAUGGCAACGUAACAUUCACAGCUGCGAAUUUUGGCAUGCAGCUGGAUGGAGAAAAUAGUGGCUCGAGCGGGUCUGAAGACGCAGACGCUGAUGAUGGAUCUGACUCGUCAAUUGACGAUGACGAAAAUCAGGCCGCAGUCCUGGCUAGUUUGCCAGUACUUGGGUAUACUAUAGCUACUGCGUUAAUAGUUAAGGCUCUGUGGUAA